AACGCCAUGUUGGUUGUCAGGGAAAAAUUGUGAUUGCGAAAAAUAAUCUAGAAUUAAAAGAUAUGAACGACUGCAACUUGUGGGAGGAUCGGGAUGUACGUUUUGACAUCACUCUACAGCAAAUGCAGCUUAGACCAGGAGAGGUGUUAAUUGACAAGCUCGAUUCAGUUGAAGAUACCAAGGGAAACAAUGGUGAUAGAGGAAGACUUCUUGUUACCAACUUAAGACUUAUAUGGCAUUCACAGAGUAUGCCCAGGGUAAACUUAUCCGUUGGAUUCAGUUGUGUUGUGAAUGUGUCGACCAGAUCAGCAAAUUCAAAACUCCGAGGACAGACAGAAGCCCUUUAUAUCUUAACAAGGUGCAACAAUACGCGGUUUGAGUUUAUUUUUACAAAUCUGGUUUCUGGUAGCCCCAGACUUUUUACAACAGUGAUUUCAGUUUUCAGAGCAUAUGAAUCUUCUAAGCUGUAUCGUGACCUAAAGCUUCGUGGGGCAUUGAUCCUUAAUAAACAACUGCGGCUCUUACCACUGGAGCAGGUUUAUGAUAAGAUAAAUGGUGUCUGGAACCUCUCAAGUGAUCAGGGAAACCUUGGAACUUUUUACAUUACCAAUGUUCGGUUGGUGUGGCAUGCAAACAUGAAUGACACAUUCAAUGUCAGCAUUCCCUACUUACAAAUGAAAUCAGUUAAAAUCAGUGAUUCAAAGUUUGGACUUGCCUUAGUUUUGGAAACUUCACAGCAGAGUGGAGGAUAUGUUCUUGGGUUCCGAGUUGACCCAGGAGAGAAAUUACAAGAAGCAGCUAAAGAAAUCCAAAGUUUACAAAAGGUUUACAGUGCCAGUCCUAUAUUUGGAGUGGAAUUUGAAACAGAGGAAAAGCCACAAACAGUAGACGAGGUUACAAUUGACCCAGUCCAGGAUGAUAUAGAGAUCGUAAGCGAGGGAGAAGGCACUGAUGCCUUUGCAGCAUACUUUGCUGAUGGUGAUAAGUCAAGUGAUCGUGAACCAUUAUACUCUGAGCAGCUGGGCCUUGCUGUGGAGAAAUUAAAGGAUGGCUUCACUUUACAAGGGCUCUGGGAAGUUGUUCCUAGUCAAUGAGUUUCAUUUUCUUUCAGCCACUUAGUGGCUACACUGUUGACUUUGCCUUUGCUGUGUAAAUAUCUGUAUUCAAAUGAAUCCAGGAGAUUGUACAGAACCCAGUUGUAAAAGACCAGUCAAAAGACAGGAACGAGAUCUUGUUUAGUAAAUACUGUGUUAGUGUCUUUUGAAGUGCAACCAUGUUUCCUGUGACAUUUAACAGCAUCAUCUCAGUUCUUGUAAAUAUUUUACUAGCCAGUGAAAACUAUUAUGUGAUAAGCAUGUACAUGUAGGAAGUGGGAAAUUUUAUGGUAGGUUGACAAUCAAAAUUCAUCAAAAUUAUUAAUUAAAAGUAUUUAUUAAUGAGGUGUCACACCAUAACCCUUUUAACUCCCAAGAGUGACCAAGACAGAAUUUCUCCUUACAGUAUAUCAAUACAAGAUAAAGCAGACAAGU